GGCCGUUGCCAAUUUCACAUUUCUGCAAUGUUAUUCUUAACCGACGUGCUCCUCGAUGUUACGUAUUUUAGAAAUACUUGGAUGCUUUUUCCCCCCCCAAUAUAUUAUCGGUUGUUGUCUUUUCAUUUUCGUCCACGUCCUGCGUGAACUCGGUAGAAACGAUGUUUUCAGAAACUCGACGAAUUAUCGAUUCACCGAUCAAUCGUCUUUCUGCUGUGGAACUGUUAUGUUUUGAGUAUUUUGUGUCGUAGGCGAAUUGUAUGUCAAGGCACGUUACAUCGAUGUAAAGAUUCAGUUUCUCUUUUCUUAUAACUACGUACGGGAAAGUCCGGUACGAAUCGAUCACUGUCUUUUCAGGGUUGUUGCAUGAGUAAAAUAGUAUAAAUGUGGAGAAACGCUAUUUGUGCACGGUUAAUUGAUUUUCCAUUGUUCCGUAGUAUGGACUUAAAUCUCGUAUAUCAAUUUAACACGAUUAUUCAAGUUCUAACUACUACCUAAAAUGCGUAAAUACACGUUUUCAAAUUUAGUCAUGAUUUUCGUAAUACGGUUACACGCGUUCCAUAUUAAAACAGCGAAUAAAUUUCACGAGAAACUUAUUUGCGCAGUAUGUGCAACAUUCCCAAAAUUCGCCCCUUUAGUGCGUAGGUACACUUGUCAUUGGGUAUGGUAUGAUAGUUUAUUUAAACGGAUAGACUUUUACAUACAAAUAUAGAAAUAUAUUAUACAUAAGACAAUACAGGAUAGUAAACAAAAUUUUCGGAACUUGGCUGUCUUAUUUCGGAUCCGCAUCGGGAAGAACAGUCGCGAGCAGCUGAUGAACUGCUCGCUGGUAGGUCGCGCUAGUGUCGCAACACUCGCGAACAGUUAUAACCCACACACGCUUCGAAUUCGCGAACAGUGUUCGCACUUCGCUGUUUGCUAGGUGCUUGCUGUUCAUGAAAAUGUCCAUACUGGAGCUGUUCGCGAACAGAAUUGUGGUCUCGGCAUAAGAUAUCCCGUUUAUCUACAUUUUAAACUACAUUUACCAUACAUUAAUCAGAUAUCUGCGUUGAGUCAUAGACGAAGUACACGUAUACGUGUGUGGCGUUAUACCUGGUCUGUGAUACCGACCAUCGUUGGAUCACCGUCACACGACUCGUAUACCUCGUCCGGGGUGUACGUAUCUAUUUACACUGCCCGACACUGGGCAGAUUCGGUCCUCCCGUUUAUGUGGGCAUAGCGUUCGUAACGGCGAGAACAUAAUAGUUUUUGAAUAUUUAUAAUCAAUGUUUCGUUAUUGUAGUAAAACAGUUUAGUCACAUAUAUCGAAUUGAUUACUGGCGCGAUGGAAAAGCCAAUAGAGUCUACACGUCGGAAAUGGAAAUCCAAAAGUGGAAUGAGAAGUUCCCGGUGCACCGAGGUCUCCGACUGGCAUUACGUUAAUAGAAAUGGAUUCGAUUUCAAGGUGAACCGGCGCAGAUUCUUGCAAGAUGACGGUUCCACUACAGCAGGGACAGAUAACCGUAUCGUUCCCAGGUAUAGGAAGUUUCAUGGAUAUCGAAGGAGGAACCUUAUUAUAAUUAAAGUGUUGAAAAAGAUGUUGUUAACGCCGAGACGUUCGGGAUCGAUCAGUCCCGAGGAAAUAGAUAAUGGACCCGAGACGAAGGAUCUUGGUACCGCGGAGAAUGGUUCGGUGACUCCAGGUGCAUACGAGAACGGAGAAGGAGCGAAAGAGUUCCUUACAACCGGUAGAACCGGUAGAAGGAACGCCAUGCCGAAUAUUUUGGGCCGUCACGCUGAAAUUGGACUGUUAGAUUUGUCGAAUCGUUUCAAGGAACUUUCCACGCAUACAGAUCGAUCGAGCAGUGGUGGACAAAAUCUGAACGCGCCGGGUACCUCGAAACAACAAGAUUGAAAUGACUCUGGGUUGCUUUACCGAAUAACCCUGUUCGUGACAUCGACAGCGCGUACGCGUUGUCGAUGUAAAACCAACGAGUGGAUAUUAUUAAAAGUUUCAUUAUAGAAAUUGCCGCGAUGCUAUCGAUCUGCCGGUUGGCAUCGAACAUUUGUCUACGAACGAUCGCGUAGCUAUAUUGGCAUCGGUGUACGGUCAACUUUUUCAAGUCGAAUGCAGUGUGGCCAGAUCGGACAUAAUUUAGUGAAUCGAUAACGAGACGAGCGACGAUGAAUCCACGAUUAAGAUUCAUUCUACCGGUUUAACACGUUCGUUGCCAGCCGCAUAACCUAAAAUUUCUUUCAGUAUCGAUCUUCCGCGAGAAGAAGGCACAGAGUGUUUACAUCCCCCCACUCUUGCUGCAGUCCGCUGAUUGGCUGGCGUCAGCGGACUGCAACAGGAGUGGGGAUGUAAACACUGUGCCCUCUUGUCAAAAUUCCGAAAUUCUAUCCAAAUUUAUUUUUCUCAACACCUUAACUCGAGAAUGAACUUUUCUGGUAUCAUAUAUGGGUGACGUGAAAGUGUCGAAGGUAUUCGACAAACAUUUUUCUUUCUCGCUUCCUCGAAGUUGCGUAAAAUGGCCGAGGUCUCGCGUCGCUUUUCUCGUUUUCGAUUCGCUCGAUCGUGUCCGAUCUGGCCACACCCGGUCGAAUGCACCCGAACAUCAUCGCGAGCGUUAUGUUUACGUGCUUGUUCGUAGGUUUGUUAUCGAAAACUUACGCGAGCAAUUUGUAGUUAGUGGUUCAAGGCACAUAGAUAGUGUGCAUCGUGAAAUAAGCGGUACGAUGUCGUUGGAUGCUGUAUGGUAAACCCAGGGGAUGAGGAACUUGGUAUCCGGUGCUUCGCCCAACGAACCUGUUCACGCCUAAACCGGAACUCGCGAGACGUUCGUCUCCCCUGAUGUAUGCGGUCUAGGAACUCCCAACGAUUCGUUGUUAUAAAUACCUCAGUGUUUGCGGGUUCUGUGUUAACAUAGUAAUAAAAUACUCUUCGAGUUCUAUGCAAUAACUCUUACUCAUCGAAACGAUAGACUAAUUCUUUGCGUGUCUCGAAUCUUUCUAAGCAGUUGUAAAGAAGCACUACGCGAACAGUGAACGCCUAAUAUCGUUCGAUAAUCGUUAACUGGAGUAAUUACGUAUUUUCCCGUAUCAUAGACCAAGUUACACACCGAAACAGUUGAUAACAUUCCCGAUGCUAACGGAACCAAUACGCGUCUACGUUGGCUCAAAUAAAUGUCACGUUCUCUUUCUUCUGUAUACAGUGUAAAUGUUAACAUCGUCUAAUUAAGAAUACGAAUCUGAUCGAGUUAUCGAUACUCUGUAUAGUUUCUAAGUCGAAAUUAGAUAAACAGUUCUUACUUGUAUUAUUUUACUUACAAGACGGAGAAUACAGGCUACACCUACAGAUUUUUAUGAGCUUUUACACGGUAAAUGUAUAUCGAAAAUUAAUCAACGCGUGUCCUAACGUUUUCAACGUUACCUCGUACGUACAAAUUUAUUUAUAAUUUUUUUUUUACAGAUACGGAUUAAAUAAAAACUGCUCUUAGGUGAUUUGAAUUAAAAUUAAAUAUUCCGAGAAAUAAUCAUUGUCGUACUUCUUAUCUUUCUCGAUACGUUUUUGUUCCGGAACUUAUGCUUUUUAACCAUUCUGACAGUAAUUUCUACUAUUAAAAAACUGCUCCACGUUGCUUCACUCACUAAAAUACGUUCGGUAUUAAAAUUUGUGAAAUGGAUAUUUAUAUUAAU